AUAAUAUUUUAAAGCAAAUAAAAGCUGUUCGCUUUUACAUUUUCAACACAAAAAUAUUGUUUUUCAAGCAACAUGCUGAAAUUGGUCAUUAUUUUGACUGCGAUAGCAGUGUGCUAUGGAGUGCAAGAGGAUGUAAUGUAUAAUCUUUUCAGAAAGGAUGAUUAUGUAACAUAUUUAGAGGGACACGGCGACAUACCACAUACAUUUAAUGCAACAGAUAAGACUAUAUUCUUAAUACACGGGUACGUUCGCGGGUUGGAUUGGCGUUUUAAUGAAUUAAUUACGACUGCAAUUUUCGACUAUCGUAACCGAAAUAAUUACAAUGUCAUUACUGUUUAUUGGAAAAUGGCAGCCGGUAAUAGUUACAUAGAAGCGAGUGCUAGUGUGCAUAGAGUAGCAGAAAACUUGGCCAAUUUAAUACGAUGGUUAACACAUGCUGGAGUCGAAGGCCCGAAUGUAGGAAAUGUAGCAAAUGUAGAAGAUUUCCAUUUGGUUGGGUUUGGCCUUGGAGCACACGUUGCUGGUAUAGCUGGUAGACUACUCCAGGAUGAAUCUAAAGUAGUUGGUAGAAUCACUGGCUUAGACCCAACAAGACGCCUGUGGGAUGAAAAUUCUGACCGUUUGAGACGAGGUGAUGCCUCCUACGUUGAAGUGAUAUAUACGGAUACUUUAGGACUGUUACCGCGCGGCAUCAGAGAACCUAUUGGCGACAUAAAUUUCUACGCCAAUGGAGGAUGGAAUCAACCAGGCUGCCUCACACAUUCAUGUAAUCAUGAACGCGCUUAUGAGUUGUUUGCAGCAUCAAUGAUCAAUAGCAAUCUAGCUGGACGUGGAUGUACCUCUAAUAUACAGAUGAACCUUAAUAUAUGUAGAGGAAAUUUCCUUGAGUUAGGAGGUUUCAAAUUAUCAAAAUCUGGCUUAAGUAUUUACAGGAUCGACACAAUAUCAUCAAGAUAUCCUUUCCUAUAUUAAUUACUAUGUUAUCGGCUUACUCGCGUAACUGUUUGACGAGAAACUCGACUAGUUUCAAGCCAUCCUAGAGGCUCAUAUUCAUGAGCAGCAUUCCGCGACACACGACACGGUGAUUGUCGCGCUGCUACUGGCGACUCGAGUUUCGCGCCCAUCGCGCCCUCUGCCUGGAAUCACGCACACUUUCCGGCGCGCGCGACGAUGUUGGCUCGUUAGGCAGUUGUCCCACCGGCAACGAUGAACGAGUAACGAGUAGAGCUAGAACUAGAAACGAGUUAAGCGAGACGUGGCGAGCGAGUGUGUAGUUCUGAUAUUUGUGUAGCUCGGCUAUAAGCGACGGCUAUAGAUACGCACUGUAGAGAAAUGACCACUGGUUGCUCGCUCGGCGUGAGUUUUAAUCGCUUGGCGAGUGUCGCCGAGCGAGUGUUAUCUUUCAUAGCUCUUGUCGCUCAGCGACAAACUAGUGAAGCGAGCACUCGCCGGCAGUGUGAACAGUCGGCGAUCAACUAUUUGUAUAUGCAUCUCUUUUGUUUACACGGAAAGUAUAUCUAUUGUACGUUUCUUGAGCGAGAAAAUAGCCGAUAGUUAGUCGUUCACUCGCCGUUGGUGGGACAACUGCCUUAGACUCGUUCGCCGGCGGCUGCGUAGGUGUUGGGUUCGAUUCUCGGGUCGACGCAAAAACGGUGUUACAUACCGCGCUCACUGUGUCACACUCCAGACCUGCAACAUUGUAGGCUGACGCAGAUUGUAAACUUUGCUUUCAGGCAGGUGGUAAUGCCCAGCCACCGUUUCUGUUGUAGUUGGGACGACGACUUAUUUCGAUGACCUCACGUGCGGUACCUAGUAUUAACGCGGUAUAAACUAGUCGAGUUCCUUGUCAAACAGUUACGUGAGUAAGCCGAUAACAUAAUAAUUAAUUUAGUAUGUCUCAGAAGAGUUACUUUAAUUUUUUUAUAUAUAUAAAACUGUUUUAUAUGUAUAAUGUAUAUGCAAAUAUAUUAAUAAAGAUAUUUACUACA